AUGAAUCAUGAACACAUUGACCUGAGCGACUCUCACUGUCUCCGACAGCAGACCAGGGCCCUCAGGAAAGGACCUGUCCCAGGUCACGUGGGAACACAGAGGACCCGGACUGCCCCGGACCGAUGGCCAAGAUCCGCCCCGGACCAACGGCCAGUGACCGCCCCGGACCGAGGCCAGGCCGCCCCGGACCGAGGCCACCAGACUGCCCCGGACCGAAGGUCCAGACCGCCCCCGGACCCCGAGUCCAGACCGCCACGGACCGAGUCCAGACUCCCCGGACCGAGGCCAGAUCCCGCCUCCGGAGGAGGAGAGCCUUUGGGCGCCCUUCAGGCCCUGAACACCUUCACUGGCCAGAAGCCCCGGACCGAGGCCAGACCGCCCGGGCGAGGCCAGAAGCACGGACGAGGCCAGACCGUCACGGACCGAGGCCGACGCCCGGAGCAAGGACAGGACCGCCGGACCCGAGGCCAGACCGCCCCGGACCGAGGCCCAGGACGCCCCGGACCGAGGACAGACCCCGAUGAACCAGCCGGAAUCAGACUAGAGGAGAAGCCUUGGGCCGACUUCAGGCACCUGAACCCCUUCACUGGCCAGAAGCCCCGGACCACGGCCAGACCGCCCAUCGGACCGAGGCCAGACCGAUUCGGACGAGGCAAGACCGCCACGGACGAGGGCCAGACGUCGCCCUGGACAAGGCCAGACCAGCCCCGGACCAAACUUCCCCCCGGGACCGAGGCCAGACCAGCCCGGACCGAGGCCAGACCGCCCCGGGACCGAGGCCAGGGGGGCCCCCCCGGAACCGAGGCUCAGACCGCCCCGGACCGAGUCCAGGGACAGCCACGCGGACCGAGUCAGACCGCCACGGACCGAGUCCAGACCCCCCGGACCGAGGCCAGGACCUCCCGACCAAAGGCCAGACCCCCCGAUGAACCUGGUGAGUUCGCUGCAGUUUUUAGAGCCUGA